UGAGCAGUCGGUGUCAGCUUUCGGGAGAGGAGGAGCCCGGUGGCACCCCGCGCCCGACCCCCGCCCCAGACUAUUUUAGUCAGGCGGCCGCUCCGAUUUGUUUACACGGCUCCGUCGGCUGACUUGGGAGUCACGAGGUUGUCACCGACAGAGUUGGUGCUGUGUACGCUGCCCUGAGUGAGAUACGCAGUGCAGACGCGUACAGACGCUGCUGGUGCUAAAACAUGAGCAGCGCGGCCGAUGGAAGCGGGGAGGCCAAGUGCGGAGACCAGUGGAAGGACUCGAGGCGCGGCCUCGUGAUGCAGGUUGUGACUGCGCUGUCCCUCUCCGUGACCGGGUUCAGCAUAGGCGGCAGCCUGGCGUUCACGGGCGUGUUCACAGAGCAGAUGACAGCCGACCAGGGUGUCCUGCCGCUCACCCGCUCGCAGAUCUCCUGGGUGGCCUCCGGUUACGCCAUCGGCAACACGCUGGGCUGCCUGGUGUCCAGCUACGUCAACCCGCGGCUGGGCACCAUCCGCCUCGUGCAGCUGUGCGCCCCGGCCCUGGCCGGCGGCUGGCUGCUGCUGGCUCUGGGAGGCGAUUUUUGGACCAUGCUGGCCGGCCGCACCCUGACAGGCCUAGCUGUGGGCAUUGUCUUUGGGCCCACCAUCACAUAUAUUGGUGAAAUCUCGUCAGUAAACAUUCGCGGAGUGCUUGCAUUGUUCUUCAACCUAAUGUUAAGUUUUGGUAUGCUCAUUACUUUCUUGUGUGGCUGGAAGCUUGGCUGGCGACAUACGUGUCUAGUAGUGGGCAUCGGGCCCGUCGUUGUAAUGUUCCUAGUCUCGCUCAUGCUUCCUCGCUCCGCCAAAUGGCUCAUCUCAAAAGGGCAUCCGGUGGAGGAGGCACAACGCUCGCUCCGUUUCUACCAUGGCAAGGACUAUGACGUCGAUCAGCAGAUACAGAAAAUCAGGGAGUCGCUCGGAGAGGAACACCGGCACGACGCGUCUCUGUUCGAGGUGCUGCAACUUCUCAGACACAGACACUAUCUGGUGCCCUUCUGUCUGAUGCUCUGCAUGUACGUACUGUUUGUGUUUUCCGGAGGAUUUACCACAGCGUCAUUCGCUCCGGUAGUUUUCAAAGAUGUUGGUGGCUUCAGCAACCCGUACAUCGGGUCGAUUUUGGUGGGCGCCCUCAGAGUGAUAACUUCCAUCAUGAUGAGCUACAUCGUGCAAAAGAGCGAGCGCAGAACGUCACUGAUGAUUAACGGCGUGGUUGGCGGCGCGGCCUGCCUCGUCAGCGGCUUCUUCUUCCACUACAGCGCCGCGCUGGCCGACUAUGCCUGGGUGCAGCUGGUCUCAGUGCUGGUGAUCGUGAGCGCCAUGUCGCUGGGAAUCGCGCCGCUGACCAACCUUCUGCUGACCGAGCUGCUGCCCAACGCCAUCCGCGCCGAGGCCGGAGGGAUCCUGCUGACCUUCUUUGGCACCAUCAACUUCAUCAUGGUGUACACCUUCCCGCUCGCCGUCGCCGCUGUGGAUAUGUCAGGUGUUUAUUGGUUUUUCACUGUUAUGCACUUUUUGUUGUUUGUUUUUGCUAAAGUGUGCUUACCUCAUACACGUGGGAAGUCCAUAGAGGAAGUGCAGAAAAUAUUUGUAAAGAACGUUACCAACUGUGCCAGUGAUCCAAUCCAUGUGCACCUUAAGGACAAGCGAGGGAGUUUGACUUACCAGACAUUCCCUAUUCAUGAUUCCGAUUCUGCCAAGCAGUCUGGGUCUUCGUAAGCUUGUUCACUAACUUUUACUUCGUAAGUGAAGUAAAAUUACACGUGUAUCGGUAACUCUUCGCAUGAUAAAUGCUGAAGGGUUGUGUUGCCUUAACUCAAAUAGCACUUUUUGUAGCAGCCCUUAUAAAUGUAGCGCUAUGGCUGCAAAAAGCGAAGUUAUAUUUCGCUGUGCUGUUUCAUGGUGUCUUAUGUUGUGGUCGAGUGUGAUGACAUAGAAUGAUUGUUAAUAACCUUUUCCUCGAAUAAUGAAAUGUUUAAAUGUCGAAAAGGUAUAUGAUUUGGGUAUGUUUGCUAAUUGCUUGUCUGAUGAUGCCCUAUGGACGAAAAUUCACUGAACUAUAUAUCACUUUCGUCAUAGCAUUUUAUUAUUCGAGGAAAAGGUCAUUAACCCGCGCCCCGUAGGGCUACCGGCGGACCCUACCACCCGUAGGGGGGGGGCCGUUUCGGCCCCCCCUAAGAUCUCGGAAAGUUACCGGCCGAUUUUCAAAAUUCAAACGGCGUUCGAUAGCCCCACCCGGGAACUACCUUGUGACCAAAUUUCAUUGACCUAGGUCAAACCGAUGACGUCACAGGUCAGGUCAAAGGUCAGAUUUUCACCGUUCACAGGCAAUUCAAGAAAUGUGCUGUGAAAGCGACUAAAUUGGUAAUUUAUUGAAAACCAUCGAUGGUACAUUGUUCGUCAAACACAUACUUUGCUAUCUGAGGUCACUGAUACCAGGUCAGGUCACAGCGAGGUCAGGUCACCGGGGGUCACAAUAUGAAUGUAUCGUGUGAUACAUGUUUUAUGGUCCAUUUUACAUGACAAAUGCGAUUAUGUGGGUUAGGCAGCCUUUGGGGCCAGCCUAGGUCACGUUUUUGUGAAGGUCAGGUCAAGGUCAGGUCAAAUUAGGUCAAAUUUCAAAGUUGAUAUUUUUGCAUAAAAUGGGUAUCAAUUCGAUGCAGCUCGUCACGGGGAGUCUAAUGGUGGUCUUUGUUUUGCUCUACGAGUUCUAGAAUUGCCAAAAAUUGAGUUUGAAAAUUUGACGUCAUCAUUUUUGAACAGUUUUUUCGCUAUAACUUGGCCAAAAAACGAGGUAUCGAUCUGAAAUUUGGUAUGUAGAUAGAAGACGGUAGGCACUAUCACAUAUAUUCCGGUUUUUUCGAAACUCAAAAAACUUUUUGGAUUUUUUGGUGAAUAUAUCCAAAAAAAAUGCUUUUUUGAUUUUGGGGGGUCAAAACCCAAAAAUUUCAAAAAUUCGAGAUAGCAGUUUUGUAGCCCUGUCAAUUCUACACCUUUUAUGUCUUGAUCAUUUUUCUGUAUCUUCAAAGCUGUAGUCCUGACAGGUCUUCUCGCGAAGGUCUUUUUUCGGUCGAAAAUGACAGAACAUGACGUCACUCUGACGUCAUUAGUGGCCAACCUAUCAUAGCCUCUGGAAAAUUUUUUGGUCACAAUGUGUAAAAUUGAUGCCCGGAGGGGUCCUGAAAGUUUGGUGGCGAUAUCUCCAGCCGUUUAGGAGAUAUCGACCGAAAAGGACAGGGGGGGGCCGUUUCGGCCCCCCCCUACGGGGCGCGGGUUAACAAUCAUUCUAAAAUAUUAAAACAAGAUGUUCCUCGCGAGAGCACUCAACAACAUAUCUUCGGUGAUGACAUAGAUAUCGUAUGAUGCAUAUAGUGUCAAUGCAUAAGAAACUAAAUAUUCCCGCCUGUAACACCAAUAUGCUGUGUACCAAAGUGUAUGUGCGUGCGCCGUGCAGGCCGAUAACGUUUUACUAUGAGGCCAACCGAUAGGUAGGUAUGCAUUGCGAUGCAUUUUGAUGUGGUUUCAUUGCUGAGCGUCAUCGUCCGCAUAGUUGGUAGAAUCACUGGUACCUACCUAUGUUUUCAAUAUACAGUGCAAAAAUUA